CCACGGUUGAGAACACCUCCAAGACGCCACAGGAGGAAGAACAACAAGAUGGCGUUUGACGGAGAAGACGUAUUUAUAGUUUAUUGAGCUUAAUUACAACGUACAUGUAGACAUGUAGGUCGUUUAAUAGAGUAAACAUCAUUAAUAAUUGUUUGUAUCCGGAUACAUUAGUCUGAGUGCACUUUGACGUGCUAGCCUAGCCUGCUGGUUAGCUUAGCUUGUUAGCUGCUAACAAAGAGACGCGGAAGUUAUCGACACAGCAAAGCAGAGAUCCAAUAAAACUAUAGCAGAGUACGAGGAGGAACUUUGUCCAACAAAAGAGGAGAAGGAGCGACAACAUCAACUACUUGACGCUGUUUUCAAGAAACAUCAAGUUGUGUUACACAGAACAGACGUCAGUGAAGUAGAUCUUCUCCCUGAGCAACAGGAGUGGAGUUCCAGGAUGGAGAAGGAGGAGCCGCAGCCCUUCCACAUUGAGGAAAACGAGGCGCCACAGACACAGCAUAUUAAAAAGGAAGAGGAGGACCCACUGAACUUGUAUUUUAAAGAGGAAAUGGCAGCACAGGAGUCCCCGCACAAUAAAAAGAAAAACAACCCACUGACCUCCCACUUUAAAGAGGACGAGGAGGAGCCACAGUCCCCCCACAUUAAGGAGGAAGAGGAAGAACACAGCAUCAGUCAAGAGGGAGAGCAUCUUGAAUGUUUGGAGGGGUUCCCAGUGAUUGUGAAGAGUGAAGAUGAUGAGGUUGAAGGUGAAAGUGGGAAGAAGAGAGAGGCGGAGCCUCCAAGCAGCAGCUCAACUCAACACAUGACAACAGAAGCUGAUGGAGACCACUGUGGAGGAUCACAAGCAGACAAGAUCUUAGCUCCACUAUCAGAUAGUGACGACACAACGUCUCACUCUCCUGACACUGAUGAUGAAGACUCUGAAGAUGAUAAGACAUGUCACACUGACAACACACGCUUGACAUGUUCUCACUGUGACAAAACCUUUAAAUACUGUGGUAAUCUGAAAGUACACCUGAGAAUACACACUGGAGAAAAACUCUUUUCCUGCUCAGAAUGUGGUAAAAGAUUUGGACGAAAAAAUGUGUUGAAUUUACACAUGAAAACACACACUGGAGAAAAGCCCUUUUCAUGUUCAGUUUGUGGUAAAGGUUUUAUACAAAAAGAUGAUCUUAAAGUACACAUGAGAAUACACACUGGAGAAAAACCUUUUUCCUGUUCAGUCUGCAGUAAAAGAUUUGGACGAAAAAAUGUGUUGAAUUUACACAUGAAAAUACACACUGGAGAAAAGCCUUUUUUAUGUUCAGUAUGUGGUAAAGGUUUUAUUCAAAGAAGUGAUCUGACAGUACACAUGAGAAUACACACUGGAGAAAAACCUUUUUCCUGCUCAGAAUGUAAUACAUGUUUUAAACGAAGUGAUAAUUUGAUAGUACACAUGAGAAAACACACGGGAGAAAAACCUUUUUCAUGUUCAGAAUGUGGUAAGGGUUUUAUAGAAAGUGGUACGUUGAAAACACACAUGAUAAUACACACAGGAGAAAAAACAUUUUCAUGUUCAGAGUGUGGUAAAGGUUUUACAAAAAGUCGUGAGUUGAAUGUACACAUGAGAAUACACACCGGAGACAAACCAUUCGUGUGCUCAAUUUGUAGUCAAAGAUUCACCCAGAAGACAAAUUUGAUUAGACACACAAGAAUACACACUGGAGAAAAACCUUUUAUCUGCUCAGUAUGUGGUAGAGGUUUUACACAAAGGGACUCUUUGAAAGCACACACAAUAAAACACACUGGAGAAAAAGUCUUGAGUUGCAGUGUUUGUGGUGAAAGAUUCUCGUCUAAGUACCAGUGUAAGAAACACAAGUGUGCUGGUGAGAACAGCAGCAGCAAAUGAAGAUGCAGGACUUGAAAUAAACUCAAUUGUCCUUUUAUAUCUAAACAAUUUGUUGUGCAUUGUUAAAUGUUGGAGGGUUGUGACUGACGAUUGAACAGAAUUGAUUGAAUGGCUCAUUAACAUGAACCAUAUUCA